AUGUCUCUGGAAAAUUUAAAAACACAGAGAAGAUCUGUGAAAUCUUCUAUUACCAGAAUGAAUAACUGGAUAACUUCCCAAUCUACUGUUACAAAUGAAACUGCAUUUAUGAAUGAAUGUAUAAACAGACGCGACAAGCUUGAAAAGUAUUUCUUACAAUAUGAAAAUAUUCAAGGUCAAAUUGAAAUGCUUAUUGAAAACUCUCAGGAUGAAUUAUCAGAUAACGAAGACAUAGACUUCACAACUAAUUCUGAACUAUCUAGAAUGAUUGAUGAAUUGACAUCGAACGAUAAUUCAAACUCUCAGAGUCAAACUAAUAAUAAUUGUAAUAUCGACGUCAAGUUACCUGAUAUUUCCUUGCCUAAAUUUAAGGGUCAGACGUCAGAGUGGCCUUCAUUCAUUCAACUCUUUGAAAAUCUGAUUAUUUCUAAGAAUAGCUUAACAAAUAUCAAAAAAUUGCUAUAUUUAAAAGCUUCCUUUUCUAACGAGCCCUUGCAAUUGAUAGACGAUCUAGAACUUUGUGAUGACAAUUUUCAAAUAGCUAUAGAUACUUUAAAACAAAGGUAUGAUGAUCAAAGUGUUCUACUGUAUAACUUAAUUGAUCAAAUAUACCAACAAAAACCUGUGAGCAAAACUUGCCCUACGCUUUUACGUGAAAUAACGGCUAAAAUGUAUAAAAUUAUACAAUCAAUGUCAAAACUAAAUUUAAAUCCAAAACAGUUAUUAGAUUAUAUUCUUAUUUUCUGGAUAGAUAAAAAACUAGAUCUACCAACUCGUAAAUUAUUUGAACAAAGUAAAAAACAAGGUGAAAUCCCGUCCUUUGAGAAUUUUUUCGAUUUUUUGAAACAACGUAGUGGUAUUCUAGAGCGCACUCAAAAUAUUCAAGCCUCUAUUUCUAAUUUAAAUGAUACUAAACAAAAGUUUAGUCCCAAAUAUUCGAAAACAACUGCUCACGUGAAUUCUAUGAUUCCUACAAACAGUCAAUCAGAUUGUUAUUAUUGUAAAAAUGCUUCACAUCGUAUCUAUACGUGUGAAUCAUUUAAAAAUUUGUCUAUCAGUGAUAAAUAUAAAUUCAUACAUUCGAAUAAUCUCUGUAAAAACUGUCUAGGAGGUCGCCACAUCACAAGGGAUUGUAAAUCUCUAAAAUCUUGUUCAAUAUGUCAAAAAAGACAUCAUACUUAUCUCCAUUCUGACUCUUUCCGUGCAAAUGAUAAUGCACAUAAUAAUAAUAAUGGUUCUAUUUCCCAAAACCGUUAUAAUAACUCACAACCUAUUCACUCCAAUGUACAUACGACAAAUGGUCAACAUCCUCACACCAAAUCGAUAAAUAAUCGAAAUAAUAACUUUAAUCGUCAAAUUGACGAAAAUUCACAUUCUCACCAGGCUACUGAUAAUCGACAAAAUCCUUCUAGACCACAGAAGAAUUAUGAUAAUGCUGAAACCAACGAAAACUCACAAGAUAAUAAUUCUAACGUAUCUGCUAUACAAACACAAUCCUUAUCUGCUCUAUCCACUGAAUGCCACGUGCUUCUAGCUACGGCUAAAAUAAUUAUGUAUGACUCUCACAAUAACCCAUUUAAAACUACUAUUCUGCUAGACAACGGUUCCCAAAACUCAUUUGUUUCACAAGAACUAGUAAAUAAACUACAAUUGAAAACGUUUGAAAAAACACUGCAAAUUUCCGGCAUAUCACAAACAGUAUCAACCACAAAUAAAAUGGUUCAUUUAAAAUUCUUUCCACAUUCCAAUCCGAUCAAACACUUUGAAAUACCUUGUGCAGUAUUGCCAAAAAUUACUUGCAAAUUACCACAAGUAAAAAUUAACGUAAGCCAGCUACGUCUGCCUACUGAUAUUAUUCUAGCCAAUCCAGAAUUUAACAUACCAUCGGAGAUUCACAUUCUAGUUGGGGCCGAUUUAUAUUACAAACUUCUUACACCAGGUAUCAUAGAUCUCGGUAAAAAAUUACCUAGUUUACAAAAUACUAGCUUAGGCUGGAUAAUUGCUGGAACUAUUCCAAACAGUGCUUCUUUUAAUUCCGUGAAUAUUCAAAAUAAUGAUUCCGUGUUUACAAGCUGUAAUCAUAUUUCUAUAUCGAACAAAGACCUAAGUUCAUCUCUUUCUAAAUUUUGGGAACAGGAGGAAAUUCCUUCUAAGAGUAUUCUCUCGUCUGACGACGAACUAGCGGAAACUAUUUUUGAAAAUUCCACACAAAUUCUGGAAAACGGCAGGUUCCAAGUCAAUUUCCCGUUGAAAUCUGAAAAAGAACACCAUAAACUCGGUGAAUCAUUUCUGAUCGCUAAAAGGCGAUUUCUCUCGCUCGAAAAUAGAAUACAUAAAAAUCCAGAAUUAUUUUCUGAAUAUAGUAAAUUUAUUUCUGAAUAUAUAAACUUGGGACAUGCAAAAUAUGUCACUCUUAACCUCACUAAUUCAAAAAACGAAUUAAAGUAUUUUAUCCCACACUUAUGCGUAAUUCGUGAACAAAGUAUAUCUACAAAACUUCGUGUUGUCUUUGAUUCUAGUUGCCCUACCUCAACAGGUGUUUCUUUAAAUGAUAUAACUUUGAAAGGGUACCAGGUGCAACCAGAUCUAUUCGAUAUUCUUUGCCGUUUCAGGCUAAAUAAGUUUGCGAUAACUUCUGACGUACAAAAAAUGUUUCGUCAAAUUUCUAUAAACACAGAACAUCGUUUUUUACAAAAUAUAUUAUGGCGAGAAAAUCCUCAACAACCCCUGCAGUGCAUUGAGUUAUCAAUUCUAACUUAUGGUUGCAAUUUCUCUCCGUUUGUAGCGACAAGAGUAUUGCAAGAGAUUGCAAAUAAUAAUAGUUCCAAUUUCUCUUUAGCGGCAAACGCCCUCAUAUCCGAAACUUACAUGGAUGAUAUAAUUUCAGGUACAAAUUCUGAACAUGAAUUGAUAAAAUUAAUUCAAGAAUUAAAAAUUGUAUUAGGAAAUCACGGGUUCAAUUUACAUAAGUGGGCCUCAAAUAACUCAAACGUUCUCGCUGAAAUUUCUGAUUCAAACAAUUCUUCUUUCUUACAAAAUCCUAAAAAAUGCAUUAGUCUUGAUUUAGAAAAUUCUCAAAAUAAAGUUCUAGGCCUAAAUUGGAUCCCAGCUUCUGAUAAUUUGAACAUUUCUGUCCCCACUACCUUUUCAAUAUUCCCCGCAACCAAGAGAAAAAUUCUCUCAACCAUAUCGCGAUGUUUCGAUCCUCUUGGACUUUAUAAUCCCAUAAUAUUGUCUGGAAAACUUUUGGUCAAACAAUUAUGGCAAGCUAAACUUGACUGGGACACAGAGAUAUCAGAUCCAGUCAUACUGGAAAAAUGGCAUACAUUCGUAAACAAUCUUCCUAAGCUAUCUCAAUUAACUAUUCCAAGAUUCAUUUUUUUUGACAAAUCUAUCAAUCUCAUCGAAAUGCAUGGUUUCUCAGACGCGAGUCUGAAAGCUUUUGGCGCAUGCGUGUAUUUACGAACCAUUUAUUCUGACAAUUCUGUUUCCUGUAAUUUAAUUUCGGCAAAAUCGCGUGUAUCCCCCGUUUCUACCACAAUUACACUUCCUCGGCUAGAAUUAUCAGCCAUUCUCCUACUGUCUAAUUUAGUGGACAAAAUUUAUAAAAACUUUCAAACAAAGAUUAAUAUUAUUUCUGUAAAUCUCUGGUCCGACAGCCUGAUCGCUUUAUGCUGGCGCAAUGGUGAACCCAGCCGUUGGACAGUAUUUGUAGGCAACAGAGUUGCUAAAAUUCAAGCCAUAACUAAAGAUCAUUCAUGGAGGUAUGUAAAUACUAUCGAUAAUCCCGCUGAUUUGGUGUCACGUGGCACUAGCGCAAAUAAUUUAAUUUCUAAUAAACUUUGGUGGCAUGGACCGAAAUUUCUAUCAAAUCCCACUCUCGAUUUAUCAAAAUUUGAUAAUUUUGCAUACCCAAACCUUCAUCUUUCUGACAUUCCCGAAACAAAAACUGUCGUCAUGACUACCCCAACAGAAGAAAAUUUUCUUUUAACUUUAUUUUCUAAAUUUUCCUGUUAUAAGAAGUUGCAAAGAACAAUGGCGUACGUACAUAGGUUCAUCAGAAAUUGUAAGAAUUCGAACAAAUUUUCUGGUCCUUUGACAGUAUCCGAAUUGAGCAAAUCUGAAAUCUUUAUAAUCAAGACCCUACAACAAACUAAAUUUCAAAAGGAAAUUAAUGAGAUUAAACAGAAUAAAAUUUUAUCUGAUAAGCAAAUAAAUAAGCUGAAACCUUUUUUAGACGAUAAAGGAAUGCUUCGAGUCGGUGGACGUCUUGCUAACGCUGACCUUUCUUUUAACCAAAAGACCGUCAAAAAAUAUAACUGUCAACUUAAUGAUUAA